AACGUAAACAAACCAGGACAAUCCUCAAUUGCUGCACUAUCCGAUAAUGAUGAUGCUUUCUUCCAAUUGAAUUGCAAGCGUGUUGAUGGACAGCUAGAUUCUAGUUUUUAUGUUCUUUUUUUUUGUUUGACUGAGGACGAGUAUAUGUGCGUUGCCAUACAAUUAGCGAACUGCUGGUUCUACUGUCACUGUGGCCUGUGUAUUAGCCCUGUCAUGGAGACGAGCUGUAAAUCUCUGGUUCAUGAAACACAAGGCAUGCUUCGAGACCACCACAUGGAGGCUACUUCAACCGCAAUAGAGGAGGGAAAUUCCUUGCACGUACUUGAGCUGCCGGACUCCAUAUUCCUGCACAUAUUUGAAUACCUCCCGUUUUCUUCCGUCGGAGCCUUGGCUCGAGUGUGCAGACGCUGGAGAUGCAUUUCUUCUGAUGAACUCUUGUGGCGAGAGGUCUUUCUCCGUCAUUAUAAACUUCCGAAAACAACGGUGAUGCCAGCAAAAGCCUGCUCUUGGAGGUCAGAGUUCAAGCGGUUGCACUACCACACCCCUGUGUUGUUGACUGAGGAGAGGAAGGAACAUAAGGAUGAAGUUUUGCACAUCAGUUUUUCCCAUAAUGGCACCAUGUUUGCUACUUGUUCCAAAGAUGGGUUUUUUAAGGUAUGGGAGUGCACCCACCCAUGUCGUCUGCUGUUUAAGAUGGACAUGAAGAACACUUUCAGCUGGAAGUUCACCCAGUUUUCCCAGUUCAACGAGACGGACACUUGUCUCUUGGUAUCUGGAGUCUAUUUUGGCCGGUUCAGUACAUCGGGGGAAAUUGCUGUUUUCAACUUACAAGAUGACUUCCGCAUGCAGUGCCGCGUGACCAACAAGCCGUACGACGUGUUCGGUGCCUGGUACGACAACGACCACCUGCUCUCUGGCACGCUGUACUGGACAAGCGUGCUCAACUCUGUCUCAGCUGUGUGGCUCAGCAAGGCGUCCCAGGAAGUAGAGUCGGAGAUGGAGUCUGUAAGCAUGAUGCUUUACCGCUUCGAAAAUGUCAACUCCAGCUCCAUACGCCUGCUUCAUGUGGCGGAGGUCCACAAGGACGAGGAGAAUGUUGACCAAUCUGGAGACAACGAUGGGAUGGACCUGAGCUGUGACGGCGGCUCUGUGAAGACUGAGGGCGGUCGGAGGGUGGCUCAGGGCGGAGGUGGAGCUGCUCCUUCCUGUCUGUACAAAGGGUCGGGAGAGGCGAGGUCGUUCCUGGACCGGCUGUUGAGCAAGACGAUCGCUGAGGAUGAGUUUGACCUGGAGAAUGAGGACAAGACGGAUGACGAGGAAGAGGUUGGAGUUGACACUGAGAGGGUCGAGGAAAAUGUCGAGGAAUACCGUGAUGUGAAGAGGGUGGAGCAGGGAGUAAGGAGAGGUGUUUUUGGUGAGCUGACAGGUCCUCAGGCCUCUAGAGUCAUCACAGGUGGUGAUGAUAAGGCCAGAGCUGUGGGUCGUGAGGAGAUACUAGGACAGAACAUGGACUGUGACGUGUCGUCGAGUCGUCUACUUAAGCGGAAAGAUGGAGAUUUGCCAGCUCACUGUAAUCAGCUGUAUUACCCAGAGAGUGCUGGUGUUACGAAGUCUGUGUUUGAGUCUCUGAACAGCGGGGCUGCAGCCAAUACAGCCAGUUCUCCCGCAUCUGUUUCUUGUGAUAAUCAACAAGCUGAGUGGCCGUCAACCUCCCAGUCUGUCUCGUCUGCUCAAAGUGAUAAUAAUUUUCCAUCUUCUACCGUACGGCAUUACUCGUGUGAUGGACCUGCUCAAGUGUUUCAACAACAACAACGUGGUGUGAACAACGACUGUUCUAGCGUAUGUGAAAGUGCGCAGAGAAGAACUAGAUCUUCUUCGCUUUUUGAUGAACAGAUGGAAGUGUGCGUGGAGGAUUCCGAUCAUGAGAGCUCUUUCUCAGCCGGUGCGACUAACGAUACGGUCAGCACGCAGUCUAAUAUGGCAGGUGAGACUCAGCGUUUAAGAGAACAGGCGGAUUUCUGUGAUAGGAAAUGUGAGGCUAGUAGUUUCUCUGACAGGGACCGCGUGACUCAAUUUUCGGAUGAUGUAAAUGGAACAAACUCCUUUGCUACCCCUUCACAUCCCAUUUUCCAAGUCCCUAACUCAGUGCCUUACUCGGGUGGUCAUCCCCACCACACAGCCGCGGUUUCCUCUGACCUUGAGAACCUGGAUGAAAUCAACAACAACAACAGCGGCUCCGCAGACAUGAACGCUCACAGUUGCCAGGUGAGAGCCGAGGCGGUGUCGAGAGCGAUAUACAGAACAAACUGUGGACCAAACGCAGCAGCGUCAUCAUCGUCUUCUACCACCGCAGCAUGUGGUGUGGCCAGUGGCAGUGCCAGCGUGACACUACUACCCGGAGCUGUUUCGAGUUCGAAUCCCGUGGACGCCCAGGGGGUGAACAGCGUGGCAACUCAGACUGCCCCGCCGGCCCGUCGCGCCAGGUCCCCACGCUCCCACGCCCACGCUGGCCCCAGCUCCUCCCUGUCUAGAGAGCUGGCGCGAGCUCCGAGGGAAAAGCUGCUCAUCUACACUUGGGGCUCGGAGACCUACAUCCCUCACAAGAUCGGCAUCAAGAGAAUGCUGUGGUCGGACUUUAACAAAGGAGAGGUGACCGCCCGGAGCUCGUCCAUGCUGCUGCCGGAUGUCAUGGAGAACCUCCACAACUCUGCCGGCGAUCGGCGGGACAAACCAGACGUCACGAUCGAGAUGCACGGACACAUCGUGGGACUCAGUCUGUCUCCAGACCAGAGGUUUCUGUACGUGAACUGCCGACCGUGGCCCAAAAAUUACAUCAUCUCAGACCCUCAGGAGUCGCCGCCCUUGGCGCAGGAAGUUGAGAUCUCCUCCAUCGACCUCACGACCUUUGAGUUUGUCGGGCCGGUGUUGAGGUCCCACCGAGCGUACACACACAGCGAUGAGUGCUUCUUCCUGAAUCUUGACGUCUCGGACGACUUUGUUGUGAGCGGAGCAGAGGACCGGCAGGGGUACCUGUGGGACCGACACUACGGCAUCUCUCUUUACAAGUUCCCCCACAUGAACGUGGUCAACUGCGUGGCGGUCAACCCGAAGGACCCGGAGGUCAUCAUCACGGUCAGCGAUGACCACACCUUCAAAGUCUGGAGGUCGCGGAGCUGGAUGAGGAAGAUUCUGAACUCUGAGAAGUGAAGAGUGGGAUAGUCUCUGGUUCCUUUGCCCUUCAGUGUGCUGGAUGAGAAAGAUUCUGAACUCUUGAGAUGUGAAGAGUGUCCCUCCCCGUCUCUGGUUCCUUUGCCCGCAAACGUGCACAGUAGAGUAUUUGAAUAUUUGAAUGAAGAACUGGGGUCUUAGGAAGACGGGAAGAGGGGUGGGGGUGUGCUCCAUGCUUCCUCGCCUCUCUUCAUAAAUAAGGGUCAUAAUAAUGAGUACAGUAUUGACUAAGAAAGUGACGUUGGAUGGGACACACCUUCAGAAAUCCCAGCCGAAACAUCACAAGACAGUUACUGCAAUGGAACCCAC